CCCGUUUAUAGCCCUGAACUAUUUAUGGAAGAACGUCUGCCCCACUGCAGAGCUUCUCAAUCCUCUGCUCUGGACAUGGUAGAACCAGAAUCUUCAAAUUUCGGCCCCCUUCUGUAAACUCCUCUCUGUCUAUAUUCAGCUUUUUACUUUACUCGUUGAAGAAAGAGCUCCAUUUUCCUGAAUUUUCCCAUGAAUCUAACGCAAAAAUCAGUUAAAUCUACAUGUUCAAAUGGUGAAUUACAUAUUAUUUUCAAGGAUCUUCAGUCAAGACUGAAUUUUUCAUCAUUAUCAUUAUCAAAUUGUCUCCAAACUCUAACAGAUUAUAAUGGGUCUGCCAGACCCAUUUCAAACCCUCUUCACAACUUUCUACCUAAAAUUCAAAACCCCCAAAACACUGUCAGUCUGAUAUGUUCAGCUCUAAAGAACAGAAACAAUGACCAUUUGACCCUCCUUCAGAAAACCAUCCAAGAUAAUGGGCUUAUUAGUUAUCUCAGUAACAGUGAAAUCUCACGGGUCCUGUUGAGAUGCCAGUCUGAUUCAUUUAGUGCUCUUAGUUUCUUCAACUGGGUCAAGAAUGAUUUGGGUGUGGAGCCUAACACUCAAAACUACUGUCUUGUAAUUCAUAUACUGACUUGGACAAGGAACUUUUCACAAGCAAUGAAAAUUUUGUCUGAAUUGGUUGAUUUGACGAGAGAUGGACCGGAGAGUGUGGAUGUGUUUGAAAGUUUGCUUUCAUCUAGUGGUUUGUGUAAUUGGGAUCCUGUUGUGUUUGAUAUGCUAAUUAAGGCUUUUCUCAAGGUGAACAAGGUGAAAGAUGGAUUUCGAGCUUUUAGAAAGACGGUGAAGCAUGGAAUGUACCCGAGUGUUAUUACCGUGAACUGUCUUUUAACUGGUCUUUCAAAGUUGAAUUAUAGCAAAAAAUGUUGGGAAGUUUAUGCUGAAAUGGAAAGAAUUAGAGUGCAACCGAAUUCGUGUACCUUCAAUAUAUUAACUCAUGUCUUGUGCAAGGAUGAAGAUGUGAACAAGGUCAAUAACUUCUUGGAAAAAAUGGAAGAAGAAGGGUUUCAACCUGAUAUAAUUACAUAUAAUACAUUAGUUAGUAGCUAUUGUAGGAAAGGAAGAAUGAAAGAUGCAGUUUACUUGUAUCAAAUCAUGUACAUUAGAGGCGUAUCACCAGAUUUGUUCACAUAUACUUCUUUGAUAAAUGGCUUUUGUAAAAAGGGAAAUGUGAAGGAUGCUCAUCAGUUGUUUUUAAGGAUGGCUGACAGAGGGUUAAAACCAGAUCUUAUUUUGUUUAACACUCUUAUUUCUGGUUAUUGCAAAGAGGGGAUGAUGCAAGAGGCACGUUUUCUGUUGCAUGACAUGAUUGGAGAAGGGAUGUACCCUGAUAAGUUCACUUGUUCAGUUCUUGUACAAGGAUAUCAAAAUCAGGAUAAUUUGAUUUCAGCUGUGAAUUUAGUCACAGAGCUUCAAAGAUUUAGAUUUGUAGUAUCUCAUGAUAUAUACAAUUAUCUAAUAGCUGCUCUUUGUAUGGAGAAUCGACCAUUUGCAGCCAAAGCUCUAAUUGAUCGAGUAUCUGGCGACAGAUAUGAGCCUGGCAAUAUGGUCUAUGGGGAGUUGAUUGAAUCUUUCUGCAGAUGUAAUUUCCCUGAUGAGGCUUUAUGCUUGAAAGCAGAGAUGGUGUCAAAAGAUUUGAAGCCCGAUAUAGGUACAUAUGGAGCUAUAAUUAAAUGUUUGUGUAAAUUAGGCCGAAGCAUGGAUGCUAACUCCUUGAUGAGAGAAAUGACUGAUUAUGAUGUGCCGCCUGAUAUUGAAGUUUGUAGAGCUUUAAUAAAUGGGUACUGUGGGGAGAAAAAAUUCCGUGAGGCUCAAUCGCUGUUAAGCUUCUUUGCUCAAGAAUUUGAAAUAUUUGACACAGUUUGUUACAACACAAUUGUCAGGCUUCUAAGUGGUGAAGGUGACAUACCAAAAUUGAUGAAAUUUCAAGAUAAAAUGAGGAAAGUGGGUUUUGCUCCAAAUCAGCUGACAUGCAAGUACGUAGUUGAUGGAUUACAGAAAGCUGUGAGAGUUCACAAAACCAACAUUUGAGUGCAGUAAUGAGUUAAGUCCUUGGUGGCAAUGAUUUUGUCCGUAAUAUGACAUUGCUCUCAAACGACUUUAGCUUCUUUACUGAAAGGUGAUUGGAUUCACACAUCUUGAGAUUGGACACAGAGGUUCUUGAUCUCAACGUUUCAGAAAUAGUGGAUCAAUCACUUCAGAGUACAGGUUUAUGAAAUCUGAAGCUAUCUUACUUAAAUGGAUUGGCAUUGGUUUCUAUUGGAGUUGAACUUAAGAUCCUCAGUAGAAGAUCCGCAGAUCAAGUUUGAAUUGUAUACUCACUGGUUCUUUGUGUAUUGUUUUCAGCUGUUUUAGGGUUCUUUCAUGGCUGACCAAAAUUUGGAAUUAUAAGUGGAUGGCUAAAAAAGGUGUCAAUGAUCAAAGGUCAGAUGCUGCUUCCAUUGUAUUGGAAGUCACUUGCCAGUUAAUUGUGAAGAUUUCUGUUAAUAUCAAAAGCAACGACCUUUGCUUCUAUGUAUUGGUUUUAAUACAAGGGAGGAAAGAAUGGAAAGCUUCUUCAGAUUUAAAGUUAGUUUUUGACAUGCAGAUGCACAUAUGGGGAGGUUGAACUUCCUUUAAGAUUUUCCUUUGUCAGGGAUCUCAUCUCAGCCUCUCUACCUUCACAAGGUAGGGGUAAUUCUGCGUACCUCCCACCUCCAUAGACCUCACUUGUGGGAUUACACUGGAGGUGAGGAAGGGGGCUUGAACUAGCAGGCAUAAACACAGUCUUUCAACCGUUACAGGAAAGAAUGGGGACAAGACAUCCGAAUGGGACAUGGAAAUCUAUACAAAAAUCAAGGUAGUAGGUCCCGCUGCCCCCUCACCAGUCACCACCCACCCCCUUCUUAUUUUUGGAUAUCACAAUCCCCUAAAUCUCCCGAAAUUUCAGCUCCAAAAAAUAAAAUGUGUUUGCCUGCGUGGAUUCGUGUACUUGUAUUUUGAAUUUGCUAAAGCUGUGUGGUGAUUGGUUAUUGACUCAUGUUUAUUUUUUUAAAAAAAGAAUGAGUGUAUUGAAUAAAUUGGGAGUAAUGUAGAGCUCAUACAUUUCGUGGUGAUCUUAAAUGAGUUUGCAGAUUGUGAAAUGAAUGAAGUU